AUGAUGCGAAGAUUGCGAGAUGCUGCGCAUCGUGGUAUUGUAGUGCCAUUUCAACAGCUAAAUGCGCGUAAGUUGAUUCUUGCUGCGACUGCUGGUAUUCUCGGUGGUAUAUUCCCAGUGCCUAUGUUUACAAGUAUUGUAACUCUCAUAUUUUGCAGAAUGUUGCACUGCUGUGCUUUACAGAUUGCAUUGGCAACUGCAAUUAAUUUUCUCGUUACUCCACUUGAAGUACUUCUUAUUGUGCCCUUUGCAUGUGCCACAGCGACUGUUCUUGGAAGCGACGCUUCACGAUUUACUGUAGCCUCACUUUAUAACUCUAUGAAUCUUGGAUUAAUUGAUUUUUUCUUUACAUCUUCAUCGCUGCUUAUUCAUAGCUUUUUGUCUUGGUGUUUUUUCGCUAUUCCUCUUCUUUAUAUAGUCCGUAGCCUCCUAUACAACGAAAUCGUUGGGAAGCAUAUCUAA